CAAGUUGUCACGUGUUAUUUUAUUUGUUUAUUUUUCUGACUGGUGAUCAAUCAACCAUCAUCAACAAUUCACUCAUCAUUAGUAGGUGUACAGAUGAUUUUAGUGUAUUUUCAUUCUCUUUUCUCAAGCUACAAGCUUCAAGAUCACAAUAUUUUUGGAAAAUUUUGAUCAUUUGAGUUUGGUUUCAAUCACUGGAUAAACAUUUCCAAUAUGGAAGAUAUUUUCGACAAAUCUGAUAACAAUAUCAGGGGGCAAUUCAGCUAUGAUCUCAAUAGUACAAACUCUGACGAUGAUCAUAUUAUUAUGGAUGAUGAUGAGGAUUCUAGAGAGGCAGGCCUAGCCAUAGAAGAAAAUAUACAUAAGGAUGAACACAUGAGUUCAGAAGCUCACUACCCAUGUGAAACAGUGGAAAUAAAACAAGAAGAUAUUUUAGAUUUAGGUACUGAUGAUAUAAUUUUACCACAAGCUUCUCAAUCAAAUUAUAUUCAUCCACCCAAACCAAGAAGAGAAGUCAAAUCUCGAAAAGAGUUAGAAGAGGAAGAAAGAGAAAAAAUGCAGGUAUUAGUUUCUAAUUUUACUGAAAAUCAGUUGGACCAAUAUGAAAUGUACAGGAGAUCAGCUUUUCCAAAAGCAGCAAUAAAAAGGCUCAUGCAGACUAUCACUGGAUGUUCUGUAUCACAAAAUGUUGUGAUUGCAAUGGCAGGCAUUGCCAAAGUAUUUGUUGGGGAAGUUGUAGAGGAAGGGCUUGAUGUAAUGGAGGAAAUAGGAGAUACAGGGCCAAUACAACCAAAACAUUUGAGAGAAGCUGUCAGAAGAAUGAGAAGCAAUGGAGGUAUUCCCAGUGGAAGAGAUUACAGGACACAUUACAGGCUUUGAAUCUGGAAUCAGAUGGUGACAAAUGAAUUGUGACCUUUUUGAAAAUUGUCAUUGUUUUAUGUGAAUGUGAAAUAUCUUCACUGAAAAAUUGAAUACCUAUUUAUAUUUUAUGAGUACAACCAACCUUCUCUUUCAGAGAUAUAUUGAAGACACUAGUUAGUGAAAACCCUCAUAUUUAUGUGAUUUAGGUUUAGGUAGGUACCCAAAUCAAUAUUUUUGAAGUGAAAUCCCCUUGGAAAUCUCAGAAUUUGAAUAGUCAGGAAGAAAAUCUUGGCAAGAUUAAAUAAUUAAUUUUGUACUUUCAUACUAGUAUAUUGUUCAUUAAUUAAUUCUUGAUUGAUGACUAUAUACAAUUUUUACAUUUUCCAUAUGAGACCAUAUAAUGUGCGUCACUCUGUACAUUUAUUAUAUAUUAUGUCAAUAUAGGUAACUUUUUUUGAAAAACUAAUUUUGUAUCACUACUCAUUUACCAAAUAAAAUUAUUUUUCUACUCUG